AUGGAAUCACUACCUCCCGAGAUCCUCUCCCAGAUUCUCUCCCAUCUUGAUCGCAAUGACACCAUUGAGUGCGUUCGUGUAUGUCGAUCAUGGUGUAAACUUAUUCCUCCUUAUGCUGCUCCUCUCUGGUCGCAUGUUCACUUGAGCCAAGACGCCUAUCACAUUUUGGAUGGUGUUCCUAUCUUUUCACCUUUCAUUCAUACCAUUACCCUCGUCAACUAUGACGCACAUUUGGAGAAGGCUCUUAAAAUGCUUAGUAGUGCAUCCAACCAUCUUGCCUUACAAAAGCUAAAACUCCAGGGCACACGGAUGCGACCCAAUCCUGAUUUCAUCGAGUUAUUCCGACCAAUGCAUGUCGAUGACUUGGAGGUUGAAGACACCACACGAGACGUUUCGGAAAGGAUGGACUUUUUGGACUUGAUGGCAACAGCACAACCUCGCAGCUUUUAUUAUUCGGAUACGCCCAACAUCAUCCCCGAUAUAUAUCCAUGGUUCACAUUUCAUCUUAAGGAUGUCAAUUCACCCCUUUGUGAACGACUUGUAUCAUUGACAUUGAAGAUUUACGGCUUCCAAUUUGAUUUAAUGACUCUUCUUCAGCAUUGUCCCAACUUGAAAAGACUGCAAACGGGCUUUGAUACACAAGCCAGCAGCGACGACAUUAUGGCUUCAUGUCCACGUCUUCAAUAUUUGGAUUGUAACAGUAUUUUUGAUGCUCGCAAGGAGUUGGAAUGGGUAGAGACACCACCACCACCACCACCACCACCUCAUGAUGAACAACAAGGCUUAUUAUUACGCUAUCUACGCUAUCGCAAAGUGGAUGCUCAGACGCUAGACUUUGUAUUGAAGUACCAAUCCACACUUGAACUACUCCAUCUUGAUUGCAAACAUACCGCUUAUCGACCCAAAUGGCAACCUUUUGCUACGCAGUUCCAAUCAGCUACGUUACGCAUGUUAUCAUGUCGGAUGCUUGGAGACGGCGAGUUUCUCAGCACAUUGAUCCCUUCAUGCCCCAAUUUGGAACGUGUGCAAUUGAGUGGAGUACGACCCCGUGCAGCUAUAUGGGAUGCAUUAGCUUCUUUGCCCAAACUUGAGCUUUUGGAACUUGGACUUUGUAGCGAUCGUACACAACCUGGCGACGACGAGCAACAAGCUAUCGCCGAAUUACAGCAAAUGUUCAGCAAAUUAUCAUUGAAGUAUUUGGCCUUGAGGAAUGAUAGUAUCUUUUACAACAUGCUCAAGCCUUCAGUGCUCUUGGAAGCUGUUCGUCACCAAAGAGAUCUUGAAGAACUUGAAGUGAAUUGCGAGACGCUUGUAGAGCCCAUGGAUGUGGAUCAAUUCUUUACCUAUCUAAGUCACAUGCCGCACCUCAAGCAUUUGGACCUCGCCUAUCUACCAUUCCCCAAUGAUCUAGCAUUUGCUCCACUUUGUAAUACUUGUAUUGGUAUUGAAUCCAUCAAUCUCACCCAUUGCCGCAACGUCACAGAUGAAUUACUAAGAGCAAUCCUGGAUACGCUUGCCCCACAACGAUUGAGGAAACUUCAUGUAAUAGGCAAUAGUAAGGUAGCAUUUCCUGAUAUAUUUACACGAUACAUGAUGAACAAGUACAAUGGUCGACUAGACUUCUUGAUAAUAAAGAACAUGUGA